UGAUACUCUUCCACUGUCAUCCCCUGUACUCAACUGCUACUUCUCUUCUUGCUUUGCUUUUCUGCUUCUCUUUACUCUCUUUCUUCGUUUCUCAACAACUUUGAAUCACUGCAAAGAUCACAUGUUUUCUGGAUCCUACCUUCCAACGUUUCAUCAACCCUUUGUGCUCUACUUUUGCCUUGUUUACCCCAUCACCAAAUUCUCAACUCACUUUCCUCUCUAUACUUUUGCAACUCCAAGAAUUGAAAUUGAAGAAAAUGAAACAAGUAUCUGCUUUCAACUUUCACAUGGGAUAUGCACAAGUUGUUAUUCCUCAAUAUUUUAUAUCUUGGUUUCUCUUUGUCCCGUGUGCUAACAAUAACAAGUUAGCUACUCACUCGCCCUAUCUUUUACUGUCUCAAUGUUGCUCCUCAGUGAUUUGGUUCUUGAAAAUCUGUACAUGGAAAAUCUUUAAUAAAAACUCCAGAUUGAUAUCAGAUCAUAACUGAGUAGGUUGAUACUAAUUAAGUAAUAGGAAUUUGAUUUCAUAGAUCCAUGAUAGUGCUCGGUCCAAGGUGAAUAUAAACUCACUAUUUAUCGGUCAACUUAUAAUUCAUGACAUGUCUCGUAGCUACCUCAUUCCAGAUUUUCACAUACUUACAAAAUAGUGGGCCAGAUAACAAGCAUAUGCAGGUAAGAUUCAAUCAGGAACAGUUCCUUGCGUGAAGAGUUCAGUGGAAUUUCCAAAAAUGAAUUGGUUUAUAGGACCAAUCAAUUCUUAAAUGGGUCUUAUUGUCACGGUGGAUUGUCUCACUGGUUUGGUGAAUUAGUUUGGAACUUAGCAUAGCUAAAUCAUGAAACAAGACUUUGAUCUUGAAGUGGUGGCCUCAGCAGAAUAUGAAUCUGAAGUUAGCAGCCAGGUUGCUUCCAACAUAUCUAUUCAAGAAACCUGUGCAGGUCCUUGCAGUGACAACCUCAUCAACUCUCCCCAUGUCACAAAACCAAUAGAAUUUCAUCUCCAUUCAGAUGCUAUCUCCCUUGACUUAACUCUCAAUUUCAACAACAAUGACUUGGUGGUUACAGAUUCAACAGGACUCUCAUUCUCAAGCACUACUAGCGAGAGCAACAACGAUCCUCCCUCUCAGAGUACUCCCUCUCAAACCAUGCCACGAGUCUUCUCUUGCAAUUACUGUAACCGCAAGUUUUUGAGCUCUCAGGCUCUUGGAGGCCACCAAAAUGCACACAAGAGAGAAAGAACAUUAGCAAAGAGAGCCUUGCGCAUGGGGUUUUUCUCUGAGAGGUAUGUCAGUCUUGCAUCUCUCCCUCUUCAUGGUUCUUUCAGGUCCUUAGGGAUAAAGGCACAUUCUUCACUGCACCACGGCUUUUCACCAACAAUGAGACCUCCUGAGACGAAAAGCAGUGCAAGAUUUGAGCAAGGAUAUGUUGGUUUUCCAAUAUUCUUGGAGGAGGAUGAGGCAGAACUCUUGUGGCAAGGUAGUUACCAUCAGGUUCCCUCUAAUGGAGGCCAUACUCAUCAGAAUUUCACACUGAGUGGAACCUCUAAUUUGAGUUUUAAUGGGGUGAAUCAUCCACCGGUUGACAUAGAGAACUCAGCACCUGAGUUGACAUUGAAACUUUGAAGGGAUUAUUUGACAAAUUUCUGGCUUCUGGUGUUUAUUUAUCAUAUUUCUGUACAGUAGGACAUGCAUGAAGGCAAUGGUGCCAGAUUGAUCACUUUCUUUAUUAAACCUGCUGAUCUCAUGUGAUUUUGUUCUCAGGUUUUCCUCUUACAAGUCUUUGGUUUGGUGUUUUUCUCUGUAUCUGUUACUGUACAAUUACUUUGAGAGGAAAAGUUUCCAGAUUCUGUGUUUGCCAAAUAAAUCAGGUUUAUUUUCUACUGUAAA